AUGGAAGAGUUAAUUAAAUACAUGAAUAAAAUAUUUAAGAAGAAUCAACUUUCAGAAGCAUAUGAGGCCUAUACAGAUUUUGAUCGGUAUAGAUGUGAACCAGGAGUUAAAAUGGAAACUUAUGUAUUGGAGUUCGAAAAGAGGUAUAAUAAGACAAAAAAGUUUCAAAUGGAAUUACCAAAGUCAGUUUUGAGCUUUAAAUUACUGGACAAUGCAAAUUUAGACGACAGUGAAAUACCUUUGUUGUUAAGUAAAACAUCUAUGAAAGAGGCUGCUGUAAAGCUUGAGUUAGAGAAUGAUGUGGCGGAAAUAUUUGGAAAUGCUGUUAAUCUUCAGUGUACUGAUGCUGGUCAUUAUUGUAUUGAGCUCCAACAAUGUGAUGUUCCUGUGAAGGAAAUUUUCAUUAAUAGUGAAGAAAAGGGCAACUUAACCUCUAAAUACAAGAUUAUAGAAAAGCUUCAUAAACAAUUUGCCCAUCCCAGUAGUGAUCGGCUUAAAUCACUAUUAAAAGAUUCUGGAAUGUAUGACAUAGACUAUCAAAAGUGUAUUGAUGAACUGUCACAAACAUGUAAUAUUUGCAAACUUUAUAAGAGAUCACCUCCAAGACCUGUUGUGUGUUUGCUUAGUGCCUCUGAAUUUAAUGAAGCUGUUGCCAUGGAUCUCAAGAAAUGGAAAGAUGGGAUUGGAGGAGGAUUUGGGAUACCCAAAAGUUUUUUAGCAGAUAAUGGAGUUCUCUCAGACAAACCACCAGCUUUGGAAGGAUGUACAAUUAACAAAACUUUCGCCCAACAUCUCAAUGAUCUUCAUAGUGGACGCAGAGCUUUUGUGGCAGCAGAAUCAGCAGAGCGAAUAAGAAGAGCAUUGAGACAUCAGAUUAGAGCUACAAACGAACUGUUUCAUCAAGGUGAUAAGGUAUAUUUCAAACUGGAUGACAGUAGCAAGUGGCGUGGACCAGGCAGAGUAAUAGGCCAAGAUGAUAAAAUUGUUUUUGUUCGUUAUGGUAGUGUUUAUGUACAAGUUCCUACAUGUUGUUUAUUACAUGUCGGUAAUGAGUUUGCUGACAACAAGAACAAUGAAGAUACAGGAGAUAUUUCUUUGCAACCAAUAAACACUGAUGAACCUGUUAAAAGUGGUAACUCUUCAAAUCAAAAUAUGGUUGAUGAUGAUGAGAAUGAUGAUAAAAUACUAACUGUUGAAAAUAUAGCUCCUGAACCAGCGGUGGAAAAUCAACCUGCAACAGAUAAUAUAGAACAUGACAACACUGUUCAAUUACCUUGA